UUGGCCUGCGACGACAGAGCAGAACUGCUCUCAUUCCAUACCUUUUACCAGCCUCUGGUGUUCAGUCUGGUGCUCCUGGUGGGCAUGAUGGGGAAUGGGCUACUUCUGGCCGUGCUGAUGAAGCGCCAGGGCCGUCUACGCGUCACAGAGAUCUACCUGUUUCACCUGGCACUGGCUGACCUCCUGCUACUCCUCACUUUCCCCUUCAUGGUGGCUCAGGUCUCGGUGGGAUGGAUUUUCGGGGCCUUCCUGUGCAAGAUCGUGGGCCUGCUCAACCGCCUCAACUUCUUCUGUGGGAACCUGCUGCUGGCCUGCAUCAGCUUCGAGCGCUACCUGGCCAUCGUGCACGCCGUGCGCAGCCUGCGGGGGCGCCGCCCUCAGAGCGUGCACCUCACCUGCGCCGCUGUGUGGCUGCUCUGCCUAGGCGCGUCCACCCCCUUCGUCCCAUUCCUGUCCGUGGGCGAGCACGCCGCCGACCCCGCGCUGAGCUCCUGCCACUUUCACGGCCACGGCAUCCACGACAGCAACCUGGAGCUGGCCAACCGCUUCCUCAUCCACGCGCUCUGCUUCUUCCUGCCGCUGACCGUCAUGAGCUACUGCUACUCGGCCGUGGUGUUCACACUGUGCCGCAGCCGCCACCGCGGCCUGGAGAAGCGGGGCGCCAUCCGGCUCGCCCUGCAGGUCACCGUGGCCUUCUGCCUCUGCUGGCUGCCCUACAACCUCACCUUGCUGGUUGACACCCUGAUCAUGACGGGCGUGCUCUCUCCGCAGGGCUGCGAGGGGUUAACUCGGGUUAAGAUGGUGCUAGUGGUGACGGAGAGCAUCGGCUACGCACACUGCUGCCUCAUUCCGCUGCUCUAUGCUUUCAGAGGGGUGCACUUCCGUAAAGACCUGCAGGUCCUUCUUCCCUCCAGCUGCUGCGGGUACCUCGACCUACGCACCCUGGGAGCCGAGAGCACCAGCAGGGUCUCCUUCUCUGAGGCGGCAAUCAGCACCAGCAGCAAAAUCAUGUGA